AUUGGCGAUCGAAGGAAAUCGGGGGAAGAUGAACGACAUCAUGGGAGAGGCAUCGGGUUCGAUCUCGUCGAGCAACGCUGCUACCAAUCCCGCCAACUCCAGCAGCUCUGUCGCGAGCAAUGGGAGCAACAACGCGAGCAACAAUGGAAAAGCAUCGGCUGUGACGGCCGCGGUCGCCGCGAACGGUGGCGAAAGAAUCAGUGCAGCGGUGACCAAGGUUCUUCAGGGAUACGACUGGACCCUGGUACCUGUUGCUACCAAGGGUUCCGGCGACAAAAGAGCGGCCCACGUGAAAAGACCGAUGAACGCGUUCAUGGUGUGGGCUCAGGCUGCGAGGAGGAUACUCGCCGAUCAGUAUCCGCAACUUCACAACGCCGAGCUGUCCAAGACUCUUGGGAAACUGUGGCGGCUGCUGUCGGACAGCGACAAGAAACCAUUUAUCGAGGAGGCCGAUCGUCUCCGCGUGAUCCACAAACGCGAGCAUCCGGACUACAAGUAUCAGCCUCGUCGUCGGAAGCAAAACGGGCCGUCGGGCAGAGAGGGAUCGCCGUCGAGGAACCAAAGCAACGUAACAUUCAACGUUUCCAGGUCGUUGAAGCAGGAGGACGCGAGUCCUAGGGGCACACAGGGACCGAACUCGCCUCAGAGCGGGGUCAGUUCCUCACCACCGACCACUCCUAAUCAAGGGUUGUCGCCUCCCACUCCUCCCACUACUCCUCGUGGACAACAUUACGCGAAUCAGGGAAAUCAACCGCAGCCAAACAGCACGAUGUAUCAGCAAGACUUGGCGAUCGGUUCGUCGAGCGAGUCACCGCAUCAACAUCAACCAGGAGUCGACUUCAGGUACAUCGAGGUUGGGGAUGGCCUGUCAAUCGAGGAGGGUCAAUUGAACGGUCUCGGAUCUCUAGCCGGCGUUGGUUUGAACCUUCCGUUGAACCUCCAAGAAUGCGAGGUCGAGAACAACGAGCUGGACCAGUAUCUUCGGCCUCAAGUGCCGUCGGUGCACGUAGCCGCGCCGACGACUACCUCUUCUCAAUGGAUAUUCAACAGAUACGAGGAGGAGAUGGAGAGACCGAACAAGCGACACUGCUCGGAACAGCCGAUCACUGCCGAGACGUCUUGGGAAGACAGAGCGCAGACGGACAUCGUCAGAUACCACGAGCUUCAACCGCCGCUUCCUCCUAUGCAAUACAUAUCCUCUUCCCAUAAUCCACAUUACUCGCACACGAGCACGCAGAUGAGCCAUCCGCACGUGUCUACGUCCUACGCGCAGUACCAACGUUACGUACCUGGUAUCGAACCUUGGUCCCAUUACAUGUAGAAGCGAAGAA